AUGGGCCAUGGACAAGGGUCAACCAGUAUGACUCGCAUUCAACAAACUGUGUCUUCAUACUUCCGCUAUUCUCUUAUGGAUUUAUUAUCCAAAAUGGUAGCUGGCACUCCUCACUUUGUCCGAUGUAUCAAACCAAAUAAUAUGAAGGUACCAGGGCAAUUUGAUAGAUCAAUUGUUAAAAUACAGCUGAUGUACACUGGUGUUUUGGAGACAACUCGCAUCCGUCAAGAAGGUUAUUCCCAUCGUAUUCCAUUUGGAGAAUUCUUGGAGAGAUACUACAUCCUUAUGGAUAACUGGGUAAAGCCACCAAAGGCAAGGGUAGAAAACUGUUCUGCUCUUCUGCAACAUGUUGGCUUUUCCGACUAUGCAUUUGGAAAAACAAAGGUGUUUCUUCGUUACUAUCACGUAGAUGAAUUGGUCAGACAAUGUGAAGUCAUUAGAGAGAGGCAAGUCUUACAAGAAAAAGCACUGAAAAUUCAGAAGACAUAUCGUGGUCAUAAGGAUAGAAAAGUGUUUAAAGAAAAACAAAAAGAGAAAGAAGAACUAGAACAUGCAGCUGUUAAAGUACAGAAGCAAUUCCGAGGUUACAGACAAAGGAAGAAGGACAAGAAGAAAAAAGAGAAGAGGAAAAGGAGAGGAUCCCAGCUAAGUGAAGAAGAACAUGCAGCCAUUACUAUUCAGCGAUCCUACCGAAAUUAUAUGUUGACUAAAUCAUCAAAAAAACUCAUGGAUGCAGCUGCAAUCCGGGAAAUGAAAGCGGCAAUUAUUUUACAGACAUAUUACCGCACAUGGAAAGCACGAACCUUCUUCGAACAACUUAUGUUCUUAAAGACACAUAAGGAAAUGCAGUUAGAAGAAUUUACUGAACUGGUUCAAAUAUUAAACUUUGACAUUUACACUUGGCAAGUUGCUACUAACUAUGAUUACAGAGAUAAAGCUAAUAAAAUCCAAGAACAAUUGGACAAUUUAAAACGAAAAAUGUUUGAUGCCAAGCAGGUGGGAACAACACCGUAUUAUGAUGCACUGACAGGUGCUGGCAAUGCACAGAAUGCAGACCAGCUACCCCAAUACCCAGGCGGAGCAGCAGAUGGAUCUCCAUCUGGAGAAUUCCCACCUCCACCAGAGGAUGAGUUAGUCAAGUCAUCCGGAGGAGCCUUCAAAGCAAUCUUGGAGAAGAAGGGAAUGGCCUAUUAUGACACAGCUUCUGGAUUUAAACCCACGGAGAAACCAGAAACCGGUGAACCCAAGUUUAGCAAAAUUAAAGCAAAACUACGUGCUAAUAUUUUAAAACGCCGCCCCAGUGCCGACAAUCCAAAUCCCGAAGUCGAGCAACCAGAAUCAGUCGUAUCCAACGACCAAUUCACAUCGGUUAUUCAAGCAGCCAAACAGAAACGUAGAGAAAGUGGACCACCAGCCAAAGCUAAAUUUUCUGAUGAAAUAGAUGAUGAAGGAGAGAAAGAAAUGAUUGAAUUUUAUGAAGAGAAUACAAAGGCUGAACUUGCAAAGAAGUGUCAAGACCAAGUUGCAGCAAGGGUCCUGUCGGUGAUGUUUAGUCAUAUGUCGAUGUUUAGAGAUGAUGAUGAAACAGACUCUGAAUACUCAGAGUCUGAUGAUGAAGAAGAAGAAGAAUUUAUGAAUUAUGAAACACCUUCUAUUUCUAUCCAUGACAGAAUUAAUUUGUUUGAAAGUGGAACUGUUGCACAUUUUCACACCCCAAUGAGAAAGAGAUUACCAUCUUAUGCGGCUGAUUUCAGUUCAUUCCAACAGGCUUCUGAUACUAGUGGAUCUCUUUUAACAUUCCAAGAAGAGGGUGACGCCUCAGAAUCAGAUUUACGGAGUGUCUUGAAACGAAGUGGAAAUCUCGAAGCAUUGCUGUAUGAAGAUGGAGUACUUGAGUAA